AUGACGAGGAAUAUUGAAAAAUUAUCUCCUAUGGUUUCAAUUUUCACAGAAUGUCAGGGAACUUCGCUUUCCCAUGACCGACUUCUGGCUUCACUAACAGAUUUGUAUAAUAAGGCAAAACGGACAGUAUUUAGAGAGCGUACGCUUGAUUUUAUUGUCCGUGCCGUUGUUCACAUCAGUGCGAACGCUGCUGAAAGAGAAGAUGGAACUGUUCGGAAUUUGUUGCUUGUCAAGACGUUUCUCUUUUGUGCGAAGUACCAUGAAUGCGUCAACCCCGCUCCUCGCCUUCGAUGCACUCAGUUAAUCCACAAGUUGCUUGAAGCCAUGGGGUCGGAAGCCUGUCUUCCGGUUGAAUUAUUUGACAUCAUCCAACGUGUUCUACUUCGUCGUGCCACCGACGUAAAGCAUACGGUCCGCGUCCAGGCCGUGCAUGGUCUUGCCCGUUUGCAGAGUCCCACUGACAGAGAGUGUCCAAUUAUCAAGGAGCUUCUAUGGCUUUCCCGUCAUGAUACUUCACCCGACGUGCGUCGAGCUGCUGUGGCCGCCAUCGUUUUAACCACCUUUACUCUGUCCGUCGUUGUGGAACGCUGUAGAGAUGUUUCUGACGCGGUGCGAAAGACUGCUUAUAACAUUCUUGCGGAGCGCUCUGUCUUACGGCCCUUGUCGAUUGCAAAGCGAAUCUCCAUUCUCCAGGAUGGCCUGACUGAUACAUCCCAUGAUGUUCGCAAGGCAGCGGAAUCGCUGGUUAUGGCCUGGUUCAAGCUGGUUGAACAGGAUCCUAUUAUCCUGUUACGUCGUCUGGACACGGAGGGUGUGCCCAAAACUAGCCGCCUCUGUCUUGAACAUCUCCUUCCUAAUUUAAGUGAAGAUACUCUUAUAGCUGUGGUUUCCAAGUGGUCAUCGGACUACCUUGACGACAACCACAUUCCUAAGCCUGAUCGAUGCUCCGUAGAGUGUGUCUUCUUUUGGCGCGUGAUCUUGGAAUACUUGUUAAAGCAGCAGAAUUCGGUGGAUGAGUUCGCGGGGAGGGAAGACGCGAAUGAAGAGCUCGGAAGGAAAAGUGAAAUCUCUUCCAGUCAGAUAACAGCUCUAAUCGAGCUUAUUAUGCCUUCUGUGUCAGAUUACGUUGACUUUAUAAUUCAACGUGUGGAGAGCCUCCUCGUUUUACUUCGUGCGGACGUCGAUUAUAACGAAAAUGUUAUGGAGGCUGAGAGUGUCUUGGAACAUGUUCUUCUUCUAUGUGAGUCACUCGACCUCUCUGAUGAAUUCGGACGGCGUCGUCUUUUUGAUGUUGUUCGUGGAUGGCUUAUCAGUCCGAGGGUGCCUGCAAGCCUCACACCUUCGUUGUUGCAACUGUACUUUAAUCUAGAAUCAAAUGUACAAAACCGGGUCCUGAAGGUGACGGAGAUGAUAUCGGAAUUGUUGGAUUCUGCAGAAGAGGAUGCAAAAACACAGUCAUCAUCAUCUGCUGCUGCCACAGAGACAGUGAGUGGUGUGAACAACAAUCAGACUUACGUGGCGCAAACACCCACCCAUGACAUCACUGAAAAAACCGCUACCAACUUAGCAUGCAAGCCGCUGAACAAGGCCCGGGAGACUUACCUUCGAAUCAAGGUGGCUGAAUUAAAAGUAAAGCUGAAUGAACUGAACGAGUCCCUUAAUGAGUGCGUUCGGAUAAAAGACUUCGAACGUGCCACUUCCCUUCGUGACGAAUGCGCCAAACUCGAGGAAGAGCGUUCUAUACUUCUACACGAGCUUACUGGAGUCCGUUUACCCGGUUGUACUCCUGAAACACUCAACCGUCCGGCGCUUCCAGCUCCAUCCUGUCCGCCCCCUGAAAUCGCCACAAAAGCAGAAGAAGUUGAGGAAGAAGCGGAGGAAGAGGAUUAUGAAGAUGGUGUUGGCGCGAUUCCCGAGCUUUGCCUUGUGCGGCAACAAAUCAAAUAUCUUUCACAGCUCUCAGCAGACGUUGUGCUGAAAGCCAACAAAAUGGUUGGAAUCACAAUUCAGAAGUCUCCCACACUUUGGCUCCUACCCCCCGCCCUCAGGUCUCUUCUUUAUAGCCUCAUCCUCCCGAGCGUUCAACACACUGAUUUGGCAGUUCGGAACCAGGCGAUUCUUGCACUCGGUCUUUGUUGCACUCUUGAUUUAACCCUCGCCAAAAGUUACUUAACACUUUUUUAUGAGGCCAUAAAGCUUGACCAUGCAACGGUUAGCGUGACAGCUAUUAAUUGCAUCAUCGAUGUCUUCUUGAUCUUUGGACUUCAACAUUUUCUUGAGGUAUCCGAAAAACUCGAUGAGACCGACUUAGAUAUUGGUAUGCUUAUUAUUUACUGUGUUUUCCAGUUAAUUGUGCUCCGGCGUUACGUGUUAGGAGUGCUCGAUAUUUUAGGUGACCUCGUUUUACUCAAGGGUGGCCUUCCCAACUCGACUCCCUUUAAUGCAACUACUUCGGAAACAAUUAAUUUAGCUCUUCGACUGUUGGCACCUGUUGUGGAGUUAAUUGACAAUGACGACGCGGAUCUCCGCACAGCAGCUGGCAUAGGGGUGGCAAAACUCUUUAUAUUCGAUCGAGUCAUGUCAGGCAAACUUAUCUCUCGGUUGCUCCUUCUUUGGUUCAAUCCUCAAACAGCCGACUUACCAACAUUAAGCCAAUCACUGGGUGUUUUCUUUACUGAUUACGCCUGUUCCAGCCCCGAGCGUCAAGCUUGUUUGGCAGAUGCCGUGCUGCCGACACUGGCGAGCGUCCUUGCUGCUCCAGCCUCCUCUCCGCUGUCUGAAAUUGAUCCGGGCCUUGUCGUGGGCCUCCUUGUUCGUUUGACCGACGCGUCUUGUCUCUUUUCUAGUGCCCAGCAGAAAUUGACUGCGCAAAUUGAGUGUGGUUCUAGCAAUACCGAUAAUCCAUGUCAUGAUGACCUAGCGAUGCGCCUCUGUAAUCGUGUUCUGAACGCUCCCCAAUCUGCAGAAGCUCGUCUUUACAUCCGCGUGUUAAGUCAGCUUCGUCUCUCCAUUCAGAAGCCGCUCUUGUACAAAGACCUCCUUCGUAUGACGGAUCUCAUGUUUAAGGUGCCUGAACUGCUUACUUCCGUCUUUACAACAGUCGGCCACUAUUAUCUAACAAUACGGCCAUUUUUGUCUUUUAUACCGUUUAAUCUUGAUUACUUGUCCAUGUUUAACAGUCAGGUAAUCGUCCGUUCCAUGGCGAUGUUAGCAUCCCUUUUCAGCGCCGUGAUGAGAGAUCCACUCAGCUCUCCCAUCUAUCGUUUUAUGGUUUGUAUGUUCGCAGACCCCGAAGCUGCACAAUCUGACCACAUGCAACAGGACGAUGCGUCGGAGGCAGUAAAAGCGCGGAAUGACGAUUUGGAGGAGGAUGCUGAUCGCCCCUCGCUACUUGGACCAGCGGCACCAUCCCAACAACUGAUAAAUACAGACGAGCCAUCACGGAGAAAUUCGAUUGUCCGAAACGAUGAACUGCGCAGCACACUGGCUGGCCUUAACUUCCGUGGUCCCCCCAUGCCAUCGUGUCUCCUCGUUUUCUCCGACGUGGACGAUGAUAAGAGUGAGGAAGAUGCUGACGAUGAAGUAAUGGGAGAAAGAUUCACUUCUUCCAAGUGCAAAGAAGUCGAAAAGGCCGGUAGUAAGCGUGCCCGUGUGCGCAAAACACCGGCCACAACGGGUCGCGUGAGGUCUACUCCAUCCUCACAGGACGUUAGUGUGACAAUGCCUCCUCCAAGCACAAGCCGACGAAAUGUUCGCAAAAUACCAUCGAAGAAGGUGGAAACUUCGCACUCGAAUAUCCGGCGGACUUCUGUACGGUCAUCAGCCAGAAAAAAGACCUAG